UUGUCUUCAACAUUCUAUGAUCCACCACCCUACUUCUACUUCUACUUCCUACUUUCUCUCUUCAUUCCUAUUUUCAACUUCUACCACUUUCCGACCAACCAUGGCGAACCUUCUUGACGACGCGCCUCUCUGGCUUCCGCCGCCGCAGUUCCUCGACGGACCUAAGGGCUCUCCAAAACCCGACCCGGACGCCGUUUUCGCCUUUCCUUCCGAGUUCCCCUAUGAGUUUGGUGUGUCCUCUCCGGUGGAGUCCGUUGCUGGCUCCACCGAGACGGAGAGCAGCGACGAGGAAGAAGACUUCUUCGCCGGCUUGACUCGCCGCCUCAGUCAGGCGACGAUUCACGACUCACGCAAACAACUCGCCACUGAGAAACCUGAGGCAUGCAAAACUCGCGGUAUGGCCGGCUCGCCUCAGUCUACCCUUAGCGGAAUCGGAAGCUGGUCCGGCCGUAGCUUAGUUUCCGGCGAAGGAACGCCGAACGGAUCUUCCCGUGUUCCUUCCCCUUCGACGACGCCGUUCGCCGACCAAAACGACCCUUGGGAGGUUAUAUACCAAGCCGCAGGACAAGUGGCCAGGAUGAAGCUGAACGACCACGUGUCUCAGAGCAACAGAGGGUUUCUUAACUCUGCACGCGCCACCGCAGCAGCACCGAAGAACCUCCACACCACCGUAUGCCGCUCGUUCUGUAACCACGCUCCUCAGGUUUCUCAAGAGCAGGUGUUGAAUCAACAGUGUGGUUCUACCUGGGGAAGGCAGGGGGCUGGUAAUAAAGCAUACUGGCUCCUCCAACAGCAGAACAGAGCGCGUGAAGUUUGUUACGAGAGUGUAAAAUGUGGUAACCGUCUCCAAUCUGCAUGGCCCCAACCUCACCAGAAUCAGAACAACUUGCAGUAUGUCGGAUCCGGGCAUCGGGUUCCGGUUCCGGUUGGAUCUGCCGCCAAAAGAGCCAGCUCUGGCGGAACAGGGGUGUUCUUGCCUCGCCAUUAUGGGAACACAGCUGAGCCUCGAAAGAAGACUGGUUCUGCACCUGUUGUGGUUCCGGCUAAGGUAGUUCAUGCUUUGAACUUAAACAUGGAGGGUUUUAAUGGUCCAUCACUUCAGCCGUGCUUCUCCGACGCCUUUGCCACUGAUUAUGAUGCAUUGGUUGCAAGAAGAAACGCUGUUCUGAUGCAGAACAGAUUAAGGGCACGGCGGGAAGAGGCAGCCAGCUACGAAGUUCGCCUCCCGCAGGAGUGGACUUAUUGACUCUGACUUGAAAACAAAAAUUGUUCUAUUCUAGUUUUAAAAGGCAUGGAGAUGAAAAAUAGUGAAAAUUGGCCACUGGUUUGUGCUAGUAAACUUGGUGUUUUGUUUAGUUUUUUUUUUGGCCCAUGAAUGAUGGGAUUCAAGGAAUGUGUUUUGGGUAGUUAGUUGCAAUAAAACAUCCAGGUUUAGGUUAACGGAUUGUAGCUUCUGGGAUCUCUGUUUUCUAGUUUGAAGCAAUAGUUAAAGAAAUAGUUUAGGGAAGAAGGUUAUUCUAUAUUUUUUGGUACUUGUUAGUAUUAUUAAUUAGUUGUAAUAAGUUACGCGGUUCAUUUUCAUAUGGGCAACAAUAUACAAAGGGGCAAGGUAUGGUAUGCUGUUUGGAAUUGGAAAAAGUGUUCCAAGUCAAGCUAACAAGGAAUUGAUGAAAGGUUUUACCCAUACCUUUUGUACAAUCCCUCUCUUUUGCUUGUUAUAGUAUAUAGUAUAUGUAAUAAUUUAUAGUAUGUAAUAAUAUCUUGUGUAAUUCUUGAA